UUAAUUCAGUGAUCAAUAGUGUUCUCAAUAGGUAUACCAAUGGGCGACUUAAAGCCACUUUCCAAUGAUGAAGCUUUAAAAUUAUGUAACCAAACACCAGAAGAAACCAAGGACUUUCUUUUCCAACAAACAAUGUACAGGAUUAAAGAUCCUAGAAAAUCGCUGCCUUUUUAUUCCAACGUUCUUGGCAUGAAAUUGUUGACGAAAUUGGAUUUUCCCUCCAUGAAAUUUUCCCUGUAUUUUAUGGGAUAUGAAGAGGUUAAAGAUAUACAGGGUGAUCUGAGUGAAACCUCCCGCAUUCAAUGGUGUAUGGGCAGAAAAGCUACCAUUGAAUUAACUCAUAAUUGGGGAAGUGAAAAUGAUGAAACAACGUAUCACAGCGGAAACCAAGAACCCAAAGGGUUUGGUCAUAUAGGUCUUAUGGUACCAAAUGUGGAUAAGGCUUGUGAAAGAUUUGAAAAACUCGGUGUAAAUUUUGUGAAAAAACCCAAUGAUGGUAAAAUGAAAGGGAUUGCUUUUAUAACAGACCCGGAUGGAUAUUGGAUUGAAAUUUUUAAUGAUAAACAAGUCGCUGAUGUAGUUAAAGAAUUUUCUUAAUUUUUUUUUUUUUUAAUAUAUUUUGUCCACAU